AUGACACGAAAGGAGCUUAGGGAGCGUGAAUUCAUGAAAGCCCAGCUCCUCUCCCUUGGCAACAACAUCGACGUUGACACUCAAGACGGGAGGUGGACUAACAAUGACAUUCAACGACUGAUUGACCUUUUGAUUGAGGAGGAGGAUCAGGAUUUCAAAGAGGCGCUCGGGAGGAGACGUGGCGGUGUUAGAGUGAAACGAAAAACACCACAUGUGAGGAUUGAGAAGCAUAUCCGCGACGUGAACGAUUCCAUGACCGGCGCUCUCCCUCUCCGCCGAGGUUCCAAUUCAGAAGACGAGCCAGCCUUCGAUCUUACACGCGAAGAUAUUGACGAUGCCACCGUCUGCCUUGACACCCUCCCCCGGCUGUAUCGUUCAAUGCCGUAUUACAUGGUCUCGGUCAAGGUCCUGAAGACGAUGGGUCUCUUCAACGACCCAGUGAUCUAUGAGAUGCUGCCCAGAGAUUUCAUGACCACGAUCAAGGGACUGAAGCGCGCCUGGGACGAGGCGAACGCAACGCAGCCGGACGAAGAGGAGGAUUUGGAUGUGUACCUUUUGGAUGCCAUGUGGAAGAGAGGUGGACUGGUAAGGGAUGCAGAGUGGAGAGUGGUGUAUCCUUCUGAUAUCAAGCCGCAGAAUGGCGAGGAAGGUGAUCCGGAGUUUUGGAAGGAGCUUCGUGGACUGGCUCAGGAGUUUGAAGAGUGA